ACUCCCUCCUCCUCCUCCAAAUAUGCAAUGCAAUAACUCUCUUCUACCAUUUUUCUUCCCAAACCCUUUUCUUAUUUCUUCUUCCUCAACUCAAAGCAUCUCCCUUUAAUCCACUUAUACCCCAAACAUACCCUAUUUUUCUCUCUUUUUCUUCAUCUUCUUAACAAUAAUGGAGCUCACUACUCAAGAUCAUCCCAUUCCCAUCCCCAUCCCUUUAAAUAGUCGCUACGGUGGCCACGACCACGACCACGACCAUGUCAUCCAUCACCAUGACCCGUCCGCCGCUUGCAACCAUAUCAUCGCGGCGGCAGUCAAUGGCGGUAGCCCACUUCCAUCUUCUCAGAUGGAAGUCGAGCUUCACCAUAAUCAUAACAACAGCAACAACAAUAACAAUAACACGAAGAAGCAGGUAAAAUAUAAGGAGUGUCUCAAAAACCAUGCGGCCUCCAUGGGAGGUAAUGCCACAGAUGGGUGUGGUGAGUUCAUGCCGAGUGGAGAAGAAGGAUCCAUUGAAGCACUCACGUGUUCGGCUUGCAAUUGUCAUAGAAACUUCCAUCGAAAAGAGAUCGAGGGAGAACCCUACGAUUGGCUCCACCACCCUCGACUCGGGAGGAAGCUCCUCGUCGGAGGGAAGAACAUGAUCGCCCCACCAGAGGCAGCUGCAUUUGCGUAUCCAUCCGCGGCAGGGCCGGCGUUCAUAUCGUCUAGAGCACAACCCCACCACAUGAUAAUGUCGUACAACAUGCUCGGCGGGGGAGGUGGGCAGUCAGAGUCGGAGGAGCACGAGGAGGCGAGGGCGUACUCGGGGCCAAUGAUGAACAAGAAGCGAUUCCGAACGAAGUUCACGGCGGAGCAAAAGGAGAAGAUGCUGAGGUUUGCAGAGAAAGUUGGAUGGAAGCUUCAGAAACAAGAGGAGAGUGUGGUGCAGCAAUUCUGUGAAGAGAUUGGAGUGAAGAGGAGAGUUCUUAAGGUUUGGAUGCAUAACAAUAAGCACAAUCUUGGGAAGAAGGAUACCAUUUCCCCUCCACAUUCUCCUACUCCCUUAACUUAAAUUUCUUCAUUUCUUUUUCUUUUUCUUUUAACUCAGAUUGAAUUAUAUAAUUAUUACUAUUAAUUGUUGCUCUUAUUAUUGGCUAAUGAUGAUUAUCAUCGAAGUGUUGGUGUUGAGAUGUUUAAAUCUGAGUUAUUACACUGAAUCCCACGCACUUUAUUGCUUUUUA